AGCUUGCCCUCAAGGAUGUAAACAAACCCCCACGUGGACAUUUUUGGGGGGGAUUAAUGAACAAAAUCCCCGCCAUCAUAUAAUAAAUCCCGUGGGAUUUAUAGACAAGGAUUUUAAGGGACAAUGUCUGAGGUGGAAGCAGCAGUCAUGGCAGCCCCUGGUGUUGGGAUGGAGGGAGCCCAACCUCUGACCAAGAAGCGCAGGGCCUCGGAAAAUGGUAUUGCUGUUGCAGAAAUGAAGAAUGGUACUGACGAAAAGGCUAGAGUUCUCGACGAGAGUUACUUUGCGUCAUAUUCAGAUAUUGAACUUCACCGAACAAUGAUUGAAGAUAGUGUACGCACAAAUGCCUACCAGCAAGCAAUAUUUCAAAACAUGGAAGAAGAUGUACGAGGCAAGGUUGUGGCAGAUGUCGGGUGCGGCACAGGCAUCUUGAGCAUGUUCUGUGCCCAGGCUGGUGCCAAAAAGGUUUAUGCCAUAGAUGCAUCGAAGAUCGCAGUCCAUGCUAAGCAACUUAUAGAAGCCAAUGGUUUCGAAGAUGUCAUUACAGUAUUACAGGGCAAGGCCGAGGAAGUUGUAUUGCCGGAGAAGGUGGACAUUGUUGUGAGUGAGUGGAUGGGGUACAUGCUCCUCUAUGAGACCAUGUUGCCCUCGGUCCUUUACGUCAGAGACAAAUGGCUCAAACCUGGGGGCAAAAUGUAUCCGGAGAGAGCGGCACUGUACAUGGCUCUGGGUGAAGCACAGUGGAUUACCAAGUACGAGGAAGGAACGUACGACUUUUGGGUUUCCCUCAACCAUGUUUACAACAUCGACAUGUCUCUCUUGGCUGACCAUGCUGUUGCCAGAUACAAAGAUGUGGUUCAUGUGCAUAUGGUGGCUCAGGAAGAUGUAUUAAGCUUACCAACACAACUGUGUGACUUAAAUCUCAUGACAAUUAGUGCGGAUGAUUUGCGUAGCAUAUCAAGGACUUUCACGCUGUCUAGCAUGGGAUCACGACGACUGAACAGUAUGGUACUGUGGUUUGACGUUUGGUUCCCAGGAGGAUUAAAGUUGUCAACGUCUCCAGAUCACGAGGAUACACACUGGCAAAAUACAGUGCUGCCUCUUGCCACUGCUCCUCUAGAGCAAGAUACUCAAGUUAAGGGAGAACUUAAUAUAACACAAGAUCUCACAAAUCAUCGUUUUCUAAAUGUGGACUUGAAAUAUUCUGUAGAUAAAGGUGAAGAAAUCACCCGUUCCUUUAAGAUGGACGACAAUUGUAAUGAUAAUGACUUCUGAGUUUGGGCUCGCUCUUUGUCACCAACUCUAGUCUGUCAUUUGACAGAAAAUCAGAAACGACUCCAAGUCUUAUGUUGGAAGAAAAUUAAGGAAUCAUUCACAAAUUGUAUUUGUUUUGACGAUGAAGCUGAUGCCAAGCAUUUAGAUUUUGAGAUAGGUAGGGAUAGAACAAUAUUAAAAACACUAGGAGAAAUACAAAUUUAAAGCUUACGGUGGCAAAUUAAUAACCUAACCUACACAUGAAAACUUUGAAAGGGAAAAGAAAUUGACAAUGUUCUGGUCUGUCCUGGACUCUUGUAAAGUAGCCAUAACCUUUAUGAGAAUCCAUCCAGAAUAAACUGAAACAUUGUCACUUUUCAUUUGUGUAGGUUACAUUAUUAAUUUUCAUCCAUGAUAUUGUGACUUAUUCUCUGCUUGUAGUGGUAGUUCAUGUCCUAGCAGAAUUACAGAGGAACCUCAGGGGGACAAAAAAGCCCAUCUAUGAUCAUUUCAGGUAACGAGCAGAAAAUUUGUCUCGAUUGACGAGCUUCUGCUCGGUUAACGAGAAAACCAUGCGAUGCUUUCUAGCGCUCCCGCUGGUUCACGCAAAUUCUCGAACAUCUCCGAUGACAGUGUUGUUAUUUUAUCACGCAGGAUAAGCAUCCCUCUGCAUUAAUUUGUGUUCUUUGUUUUUUGUGGUUAUGUGACUACAAUUUGUAACCCACGAUGUCGCCAAAGAAGCUCCACGUUUCACACGAUAAGCUCCGUGCCGGAACUGAUUAAAUUUGUUAACCGAGGUUCCUCUGUAUUUCCCAUCAUAACAUAUUUAGAGGAUCUUGCUUGCAUCUGGUCAUAUAUUAGAAAAUGACAUGAGAAUACGGUUCAAUCAUAGUUGUAGAGAGGAAAUAUUGGAGCUGUAUGAUGGGAUUGAAUCCAUAUCAAUCAACUAUUCAAGUACAUGCACUAUGAACUGAAAAUUUUUUCAGCAGUACACGUUCCUGAGGAGUUCAGGGACGCAGGUUCAGUCCCAUCGUACAGCUCCAAUAUCAUCUUAUACAUCUAUAGAUAUAUCAUGUUCUUGAGAUUGAAUUCUUCAUAGCUGUAGUUACAUCAAGAUCUCUCUUCCAAAGAAUCAUUAUAUAAGAGUUAUGUGAUUCUUGCCUUUGUUAAGGUCACGCUUACCUCCUGUGCAGGUCUUUCACUUGGGUACAAUCAUUUCCCUCUCGCAAGAUUUUAAUCUCCACAGUGGACCAUGUUUCACCUGACAGUGGACCAUGUUUCAGCUGACAGUGGACCAUGUUUCAGCUGACAGUGAACCAUGUUUCACCUGACAGUGGACCAUGUUUCAGCUGACGGUGGACCAUGUUUCAGCUGACAGUGGACCAUGUUUCAGCUGAUGGUGGACCAUGUUUCAGCUGACAAUGGACCAUGUUUCAGCUGACAGUGGACCAUGUUUCAGCUGACAGUGGACCAUGUUUCAGCUGACAGUGGACCAUGUUUCAGCUGACAGUGGACCAUGUUUCAGCUGACAGUGGACCAUGUUUCAGCUGACAGUGGACCAUGUUUCAGCUGACAGUGGACCAUGUUUCAGCUGACAGUGGACCAUGUUUCAGCUGAUGGUGGACCAUGUUUCAGCUGACAAUGGACCAUGUUUCAGCUGACAAUGGACCAUGUUUCAGCUGACAGUGGACCAUGUUUCAGCUGACGGUGGACAAUGUUUCAGCUGACGGUGGACCAUGUUUCAGCUGACAGUGGACCAUGUUUCAGCUGACAGUGGACCAUGUUUCAGCUGAUAGUGGACCAUGUUUCAGCUGACAGUGGACCAUGUUUCAGCUGACAGUGGACCAUGUUUCAGCUGACAGUGGACCAUGUUUCAGCUGAUGGUGGACCAUGUUUCAGCUGACAAUGGACCAUGUUUCAGCUGACAAUGGACCAUGUUUCAGCUGACAAUGGACCAUGUUUCAGCUGACAGUGGACCAUGUUUUAACUGCAUGUGUGUCAUCACAAGGGUAAGUUUUCAGUACAAAUCACAGUGUGGUAUAAUUGACAAUGCCUUAAACUUGCCUAUUGAUGUGUGUGUGUAAGCUAUUUUCUAUGUCAAUUUAUAACACCAGCAGCUAUAUAUUGGAUGAUAUUGCAGUCGGUGCAAUUCAUGCCGUCCAUACAGAAGUGUUGUGUGUGUGUGUUGCUUAAUACAUGUGAAUUGAUUUACAAUUUUUUAUUAGUGAUAUUAUUUACAAAAUAAUUGGUUUUAGUUAUUCAAAGAACUUUAGGGUAGGGAAAUGAAAGUGCAGUACUGUAUUUUGGGGAGUGAAUUGAAAGUACAAUACCUUAUUUUCAUUUAGCAUUUCUGUUCAGAGUUAAUGAAACAAAAUAGACCAAAAUUUGGCAUCACUGAGGGUCUUGAUAAAUGAAUUUAAAUAUUGGGUGUUUGAAAAGCUAGUAUAUCUUGCGAUGAUUUCAGGGCUCAACGUCCUCGCGGUCUGGUCCCCGACCAGGCCUUCUGGUUGCUGGACUGGUCAACCAGGCUGUUGGAUACGGCUGCUCGCAGCCUGGCGUAUGUAUCACAGCCUGGUUGAUCAGGUUAAUACAGAGGUAUAGAGUCUUAAGUUUUAUGUAUGACUGAACAGCUGACAUUAUAUAUACUGUAAUAAUAAGUAUUUUUGAAAGUGAGAAUUGCAUAGAGCAGAAACCAAGUUAGACUGGAAAAUGAGAAUGAAAAUGAGAAAAUACAGUAGUUAAAGGAAAUAAUGAAGGUGUAUAGGUAUGUGCCAAACUAAGUGGUGGUGAUAUAUGGCAGUGUGUGAUUGAGAAUACAAUAGGUAGUAAACAAAAUAUAAUAUAUAGAUGGAUAAGGUGAAUCAUUUGUUGGAUGAAAUGGAAUUUACAGGAGACAUUCCUGCAAGCUUUAUUAAAGUUGACGUACUGUAGCUUUGGCUUAACACUAAUAUGUCGUUGUGAGAGCAUCAUCAUGCCUAAAUGAACACUAGCUUUAGUGGGGGAGAGAAUAUGCUAAUAAGUAGAGAGGCCUUAUAGAUUACUUUAAAAUUUGUAGCAAAUAUUGAAGAAAUUUUCUAAUUGUGUGGAGUUUUUAUAUCAUUGAGAGCCAUUUAAUGAUACCUAUUAAACCUCAUAUACAGUAGUGAUGUAAUCGACCAAUCGGUCAAAAUUGCAGGGUUUGGGUAAAAAUGUGAAUUAAAAAUUCACAUUUUCAGAACAUUGUUCUUGAUAGGUUAGGUGGGUUGCUUGGGUUCGUACAUUUCCGGCUAGGCAAAGCUUAAGUCUGUAUGACGGACACAAGAGAAAAACUACAUUAUCCUGAUAUAUCAGUGAGAAAAUCCACAGGAGCUGUGAAGAGGAUUCGAACCUAUGCACUGGGUAUUCCCAGAUGCACGCCCUAAAUGACUAUGCCACAACAUGGUAAUUUAUCACUGCGUAGCCUAGUCGUUCAGAGUGUGCGUCUGGGAAUACCCGGCUCAUAGGUUCGAAUCCUCGUCACGGCUCCUGUGGGUUUUUCUCUGUGUAUAAAGUGUCAAGUCGUGAGAACGGUUUGUUUAAUGUGUGCGUCGAGCCCAAAUAUGGUUGACGCUCAUUGUAUGGUGUGGAGUUAUUGGGAAUAUAAAUGUUUAUUUAGUGUUCUCAAGGCAAGUGCUGACAUGCCAUUAUCUGCCAGUAAGACAUUUUUGUACAUUUUCCAGUGAAAAGCAUUUAAUUUAUUCCACAUAUUUACUUUAUCCCCACAACAUUUAACAGCCAGAUAUGCCAUUCUUUAGAUAUUUACCUUACAUUUAGAACAUUUUAUGGAGAACAAAAAUUGUUUGCAAUAUUUAAUAUCAAAGAUGGUGAAUAAAAGUUUUAAGUUAAAAGAU